GCAAAUGGGAACUCCAGGAAACCAUUAUGUUACCAGAUGGUAUGAAAUACACAUACUUGAACCACAGAAGAAAAAUGGAUAUAUAAUGUAAAAACUUCAGACGGUUUAGACGUUUACCAUUCCAAAUUGGACAAAUAACAAGGAAAACUGGUUUAGCAAUACAGGUUUCAUGUGAAGCUGUAACAGUUAAAGGCAACAUGAAAGCAGACGACAAACUUCAGAUCCUGAAAUUCUUUCUAAUGCUUGUCAAUACCGUCUUUAUGAUUCUUGGCAUCAGCCUUUUUGCGUGUUCUGCUUGGAUUUUGUUUGACACAGACAGCUUUGUAAGUGUUCUCAGCUCUGAACAAGAAAUAAAGGUGGUGGCUGGGGGGCUCUUUUUCAUCGGACUUUUUGUGGUUGCUGUGUCUUUGCUGGGUUGUGCCGGUGCCUAUUUUGAGAGCAGAUGUUCCAUCAUAUUUUAUCUGUGCUUCUUAAUCGUCAUCAUACUGGGUCAGAUUUUCAUCACAUUAGUGCUAAUAAUACAAAAGCAGACGAUUGGGCAAUAUUUGAGGGAUAAUGUGGACGGCAUCAUUAGGCAGUAUGGAGGAAAUGAAACCCAAACGUCCUGGAAACUUCUAGAUAGUGUGCAGACUGCUGCAAAAUGCUGUGGUAGACUGACCUCAAAUGAAUGGAGGAAUAACACAGUUAUUGAAUCCCUGGAAGAGGCUGACAUCUACCCGUGCUCCUGUUUCAAUGGUACCUGCCCAAUUAUUGUGGAUGGAACACACAGCUUUGGAAAGGGUUCAGACAUUUAUAAAACGGGCUGUGAGAAGGUUCUUGUGGACUGGCUAGAGAUGAAUAUAAUCGUAAUAUUUGGGAUGGAGGCUGGCCUUCUUUUGAUCCAGAUUCUUCAGCUUAUCUUUGGCGUCCAGACCUACAAAUGCAUUGGCCGCAAAACGAAGGAACUGCAUCCUAAUAAUCUGCUGAACGACAUGGAGGAGAACCCUGCAGCCGAGCCUGAACACCAGCCUUACAGUGCAGAAAACCACCAGUUUGAAAUUCAAACCCCUAACCCUCAAAUGGACAGUGGGGACUAUCCUCACAGGACAUAUGCUGACGAGAAUAACGAUCAAUAUAACAAUCCAGUAUUUUACGAACAGGGCAACAGUCAAAUGUACAAUUCUCGCCCUCAUAAUUUGCAACACCAACAGAGCUAUAAUGGUAGUUAUGAUCAGGGGUAUGUGCAUCACCAGAACUACCAUCAGAGCUACAAUCAUGAUGAUUACUAAAGACAGAUUUCUUCACUGGCGUAAUGUGAUCAGAUUGGGAUGGGCUAAUUUGGUGUUUUAAAAAUAACGUGCUGUACAAAGAGCAAGCUGCGGUCUAUGUCUGACCAACUUAAAACCUUCUCGUAAGACCAUUGUUUUCUUUCACUAAGUUCAGGUUUGUGCCUGUUCCCAGGGGUAUCGUUUGUCAUUUUAAAGACAACCAGCAUCGGCUUCUCAAAAAACUCAUUCCAGACCUCUCAGGUCAAAAGGUUUUUAACAGAUUUCUGUAGAAGUCUGUUUUGGGUUCGAUGACAGACAUUUUACUCAUUUUUUUAAAGAUGUUAUCUUAAGCUUCCAUUUUAUUUGAAUGAAUGCCCCAUGACAAGUUUACAUGUAUUGCAUAAGU